AUGACAAGCAUAGAGCAGGAUAUUUCAGUAUUAGUUUUAAUGGUGAAGUGUUUAUUUUCUAUUUUUAAAGAUUCUAAAGAUAUGUGUGGUGAUGAAGAUAAUGAAGAUGAUACUAACAAAGAUGAUGAUAAUGAAAAUGAAGAUAAUGGAAUUGAUGGUAACAAGGAUGAAGAUAAUGAAGAUGUUGGUAAUGAAGGUGAUAACAAAAUUUGUUUAGUUAAUAGUAGUAAAAAAUUAGUUUUUUUAGUUAAUAGUGAGGGAUUAAGGUGA